CCAUCACUGAGUGCUAUUCGCAAACUAAUUUUCUAAGUUUUCCAAUGUUUAUGAUCACAUAUUAUUUUACCUGUAUAUUGUCUUUCAUUUGGCACUUAGGACAAAGCUUUUUCAUUAUCCGUGUGUAGUUGAUAAUUGUGGCUCCAAUUUUAUUCUGCUGUGGUCAAAAUAAACGUAACAACGGAUAGGCAGAGAGGAUCGGGGAGUGCUUCUCGAUGCUCCGGAGGAAGGGACGAACCCCCUCGUCCAGACGCCGCUAGCGUAGCCCCUCGCCGAUGGGUACCUCCAAGCAGCAUUAAACGAGAUGCAAUCUCCCCACAAGAGAAAAAUGACCAGGUGUUCCGCAGAGUUCGAGGAAUUCUCAACAAACUCACACCUGAGAAAUUCCACAAGCUGAGUGAAGAACUCCUCAGUGUUGGACUCGACUCUACUCAAAUUCUCAAAGGUGUCAUAUUACUGGAUUCUCUAUCUCAUCAGAUCUUCGACAAAGCUCUAGAUGAACCGAAGUACAGUUCUAUGUAUGCUCUGCUAUGCAGGAAACUGUGUGAAGAAGCUCCCAAUUUUGACCCACCAUCAAACAACACAGGCAGUCAUAACAGUAAUACAUUCCGUCGCCUUUUAUUAGCCAAGUGCCAGGACGAAUUUGAAAACAGGAGAAAAGCAAGUGAAGCCUUUGAUCGUAAAGAUGGUGCCCUCAGUGCGGAGGAGGAGGAGCAGAGGAGUGUGGCGAAGCACAAGAUGUUGGGCAAUAUCACGUUCAUUGGGGAGUUGGGCAAGCAGGGGCUUCUACACGAGGCCAUCCUGCACCAAUGUGUCCAGCAGCUCCUGGCCAAGCCCCGUAGGAACAGCCCGAAGGAGCUGGCACAGGACCUGGAAUGCCUCGCACAGAUCAUGAAAACCGUUGGACAAAGGCUGGACACCGAAAAAGCCAAACCACUUAUGGAUCAGUAUUUUGAAAGAAUGCAAGUAUUUGCCUCUAACUUUGAAUUGCCUUCUCGCAUUCGCUUUAUGCUACAGGAUGUCUUAGAACUCAGACAGAACAGAUGGGUUCCUCGUAGGCAUCUUGCAGAACACGGUCCCAAGACCAUUCAACAGGUGCGGGAUGAUGCGGCCCGAGAUUAUGGGGCGUACCUCCACCACAAUAUUCCUGCCCGCAACCUGUCCAUUCCAUCGAGCGGAAUGCUCAACAAUAUGAGCAAACUGCGCAGCGGCAUGGAUGAUGUUUUCAGCUCUCUUCCUAUUGGUGUAGGUUCUCUGGGUACUGGCCCUGGUGUGAUAUCUACAGAUACCUUUCCUUCCUAUUCUAAUAACAUGGGCCGACCUGCUCGAGGUGGGAUGGGAGGAACAGGAUUUUUAUCUGGCAAUGCCUCUCAGCCAUACUUUAAUAGCAAUCGAAAUAAACAAUUUUCUAACCGUGACCAUGAUCUCUUUCCUGCUUAUCAACAGCCUAGACAACAGAACCAAAACCAGAAUCAAAUGGGAUUUGGUGGAACAUCUUCCAAUCGGGAACUUCCACCAAGAUUCCUUAAAAAAUCUCUUCAACCACAUACAGGUGGCACUGAUGAGAUUAGUUUACGUCCAGCUCAGAAUUCUAUGAUGGUAAAGAACAAACAGACCUUUAACAAGCCUUCUAACUCAUCUAUGAUCACUUCCAAUGCUCCUAACUCUAUCUUGAGGGAGAAUUCUCCCAUCAUUCCAACUGGACCACCUACUUCUGCUCUGCAAAAAGAGCCUGCUCUGAUUGUAAAACAAGUUACUCAAGAGAAAAAUAAGGCCAACAAGCAGGUUCCAACAAAAGAAGAAGUUAUGAAGAAAAGUGAUGAUCUCGUGACAGAAUAUUUGAAAUCGCAAAAUCUAGAAACUGCAGUGAAAUCUUUUAAAGAAAUCCGAAUGCCCAAAAAGUAUGUGAGUGAUGUUCUCCUUAUGAUGAUGAAAGCGACCAUUGAGAAGACGGAAAGUGAACGUGAACUCCUCAGCCAAUUGAUGAGUGAACUCAAAAAGGAAGGACAAGUGAAUGGAAACCAAGUGAUGGAGGCUUUGAAGAACAUCUUUCAACAACUCUCUGAACUGGAAACUGAGAUUCCUCGAGUGAAAUCGCAUGUGGCUGGGUUUGUAGCAAGGGGCAUCGCCAGUGAUUUGGUGUCUCUUUCACAAGUUGCUGAGCCUUUGGAAUCUGGAGCACACUACCCACUCUUUUUAUUGUGUCUUCAGCAGUUACAUAAAUCCCAGGGACGUACUUGGUUGCAUUCAGUCUAUAGCCAAAGCAAAAUCAAUUUGCUCUCCAUGCUACCAGAGAUUGAUCGCACCAAGGAACGCCUGGCAGAUAUUUUAGAGGAUCGAGGCUUGAGCUUCCUGCUACCAUUACUGCGAAUUCAAGCUGAUUUAUGGAAACAAUUACAUGCUGAUCCCAGUCCCACUGCCCUCUACAGGUGGAUCAAGGAUAACGUGGAUUCAGCUCAACAUAUUGUACCUGGAUUUGUCAGUGCUCUUGUCUCCUGCAUGAUAAAAUAUAUUACUCAAGAAACUACCUUAGCUGAUGGCAUUGAUCGUACUUGUAUACCCGAGAAAAACAUUUUGGAUAAAGAGAGGGAAAUGUUAGAAAAGUUUAAGCCUGUAUUUCAAGCUUUUUUACAUGAGCAUCCUGACUUACAACUUGUUGCUCUGUAUGCACUUCAAGUUCACUGUUUUAACUAUGGAUUUCCUAAAGGAAUGCUAUUACGUUGGUUUAUGAUGUUUUAUGACUUAGAAAUAAUUGAGGAGGAAGCCUUUUUGAAAUGGAAAGAAGAUGUCAAUGAUGAAUAUCCAGGAAAAGGAAAGGCUCUGUUCCAGGUUAAUCAGUGGCUGACCUGGUUAGAGGAAGCUGAAGAGGAAGGCUCGGACGAUGGUGAUAAUUGACUCCUCUGUGACUCUUCUGCCAAAACACAAUGUCUUCGCUUCAACAACAACAACUCUUUCUGCUCUGUUUCUUCUGGUUCAUGAUCAUUUUAGGGUUCCUGUUUUCUCCUUCUCCUUUCUUCACUAAUACUAACGAUGGAGUCGAUGCCUCGGUCGCAGAAAUUAGAUUGUUUUUAACACAAAGACUUGCUGGUUUUCUAACUUCUGCACCUGUCAUUCAUUCUUUCUACGAUUUGUGUUUAACUUAUUGUUGGGUCUGAAUUUUGUAGACCUCUUCAGUCAGAGGAGUGAUUCUCUCGCCUCUGGAGAAACAAAAACGAAAAAAGUGAACUCUUCCUCUCCGAAUCGAUCACCUGGAAAAGGAUUCGCCCAUAUGGAGAGCAAGUGGAACAUUUUUUAUUAAGUUAUUCUAAAGCUAAUCUGGCAAAUAUAAAACGAAUCUUAUUUAUUUGCUUUAAAAAGUUUUCAUUCGAUUUAAAUGAAUUCGGUUUUUAUAUCAUUAAGUAUUAAAUGAGAAGAAUCACCAUUAUUAAUUAGAUGAGAUUUAAAAAAAAUUUUAUAUAUUUUUUUGAUGUUUCAAAGUAUUUCUGAGCUUUAGUUGCAUUUGAAUGAUGUUCGACCAGGUGUAGUUAAAGUGUAGCAUUUCUUUAAUAAACGAGAUGGAUUAACCAAGCGAUACUUACUUUUGAUUGAAUAGUCAAAGAAAUGCUAUAUUUUAAUUACUAUGUUGAAAUGUUGCAUUUUCAUAGCCUCUGCUGGCAGAUUUUAGAAAAGAAAGUAAAUUUUUUUUUUUCCUUUUGUUUAUUUCGUGUGACUGAUUUAUGUGUUCUUUGUUCAGGUAUAGAUUUUAAAUUUCUCAGAGCUGUUUUUUCCCAUCUUUUGUUAUCAUCUGUAUUCGUUUGCCUUGACCUUCAUGUGAAGUAUUGUUUUUACCAUAUACAGGACUGCUAAGAGUAAAUAUCUCUAUGACACCUGAAAUAUUAAAAGGAAAAUAUAUCGAUUCUCUCUAGUAAAUUCUGCAAAAUUUGUAGUGAUAAUUUAAAAGCAAUCAUGUUUGUACUUCAAUAAAAAAAUUUCAUUAUAAAA